GUCAUGAACGUAAAAGGCAUUUCGACAUUAUGCCUUUACUCUACGAGGUCUCCUUUGUGCCAGUGGUGGACAAUUUCCUAGAUUUAGAAGAUUUGGAUGUGGAUGAAGAGACUCAGCCCCAAAAGAGCAAGGAUUCGCUGCUGCUUCCAGGUGAAGUGGAGGAGGACGUCUGUACGCGUGUCCCUUCUUACAUUCCUUCUGUGGCCCAGCCCUUCGCCCGUGGGUUCAAGCUGGGGCCUGCUGUGAGAGGAGCAGACAAACAAACGGAAGAGACACUCGGAGAUGAAGUUCAGCCCUUCUCACUUGAUGAAGAAUUUGAUUAUGACGCUGUGACGCUAACUCCCAAGUUCACUCCUGCAGAGAUAGAUGCGAUCACAGAACUAUCCAAGCAAAAGAGAGAGAUCACCAACACAGACUUAGAGGAACCCCACAGUUGAUUCACCGAGACAUCUUGGUGUUAAUGUUUAUUUUGUUGUUAUGCAAGCAACAUUAGAAUAAAAGGUAAACCUACUAUAAUUCCCUUUGUCGAAAUUUACUUGUGCAUUAAUUGAUCAGAGUUAUUUGUCAAGAGGGAGAUGUAAGUAACAAGACCAAAGAGAUCUGUACACUUAUAGGAUUCUCUGCUGUCAUAUGUUGCGGAAUCCCAUGGCAGGCGAGGGGAGAUGGAGGUGGCAAAUGGGGAUAGGAAGCAACAGCUACAGAAGGUCCAUUUAAAAAAAAAAAUUUUUUUUUAAAUCUGAGUAUAGUUGACACAAAAUGUUACAUUAGUUUCAGGUGUACAACAUAGUGAUUUGACAAGUUUAUACCUUAUGCUACGCUCACCACAAGUGUAGCUGCCAUCUAUAUUCCCUAGGCGGUGCCUUUAUUCCCCUGACUGGAAGCUUGUUAUCUCCCACUCUCCGUCACCUAUUUUGCCCGUCCCCUCAGCGCCCUUCCCUCCGGCACCCCACUUUAGUUUCAGCUAUCCCGCCAGGGCCCCCUCUGCUCGGAGAGCUCAGGGACCUCCCAGCCCGCAUGCUGCCUCAGCUCCGGCCCGCCUGCCAGGGCACCCCCUGCACAGAGUGCCCUGGCACACCCUGGCUUGUGCCCGUUUCAGCUUCAGCCGUCCUACCAGGGUGCCCACGGGGCACAGAACAGAAGGGUCCAUUUUGGUGACAGCACAGCAAUUAGGUAAUGUGGGGUAUUGCAACAAAGACUGGAAACAUCAUCCUCCCUCCUAGGGGGUAAAACACUGCAGCACGCAGAGACGAACUGAUGGCGUGGGGCCGUCACUGGUCCCAGCUAUCCAGAGACUGGGGUGUGAAUGUGCGUGCUGAGAGGCUGGGCUUCUAGAAUUGAUUGGGGAGAGGCUCCGCUGAAAAAGAAUGCAUCUGAGAAUUGAUUAUAUGUCAUAUAUUAAAUUCUUGUACUUUGUGUAUUGCCAUUAAGCCAUGAUAGUUACAAAGUACAAGGAAUGGUGUCUGUCUCCAGCAGCUUAAAAUAUAAUUUAAGAAGGCAAGGCAGGUAGAGAAGGUAACUGGAGGAUGUGGAAGCAUAUUAUAAAGUGCUCAUUGUGAAGAAUACCCAUGAAUGUGUUAACAGAAGGAGAAAAGAACAGUGCAGGCACUGAUAAAGGGGGAAUAGUAGGUAUGAAGUAAUUUUCAUUAUUAAAGCAAUCAGUAACAAGUCAAAUGUGCAUAGGCUUAAUGAGUCUUCAUGCAGGCCUGUGCUUCUGUAUGCCACUUACAUUCCUAACAAAGGACAUUCUUGAUUUAAUGUCACAGAGUCAAGUGACUUCCACAUCUCUUUUUCUGCAUCUAGUCAACAAACUUUCAUAAAACACUGUUUUCGUGCCAGGCCUUAAACUAGGCAAUGGGGAGGAGGUAGUAAAUUAGACAUGGUCUGGUUUAGUUCGGAAGACAGAUACAUACACUAAUUUCAGCAGGGCCACGCUGUCCAAUGUAACAGCCACUAGCUGUGUGUGGCUGUUGAGCACUUGACAUGUAGGUAGAAUGACUGAGGGACUGAUUUUUAAAUGUUACUUUGAUGUGAAAUAAAAAGGUAAUGUAAUGUACAGCAUGGGACAUGUAGUCAAAAACAUUCUAUUACCUUUGUAAGGUGACAAGUGGUAGGUGAUUAGACUUACUGUGGUAGCCAUUCUGCAGUGUGUAGGAAUGUCAAAUCCCUAUUUCAUACACCUGAAACUAAUACACCGUUUGCCAAUGACAAAGAAAGAAAGGGCCCAAGUCCUUUUUAGAAAGUUGAUAUUUGAUACGGUUAUUAUAAAACUUUCAAGUAUACAUUUGAAACAAUGUGGGUCUGGGAAUCUAUUUUUUUCAUCUAUAAAUUUUAUGACAGGUAAAUACAGAUCAGUUAUUUUUGAUGACAACUUUAGUACCUAAUUUAAAGUAUGCUAUAAAUGUGAAAUACACUUUGGAUUUUUAAGAAUUAAUAUGAAAAAUCGUAGACUAUCUUAUUAUAUUUCUUGUGUGGAUGACAUGUUGAAAUGAUAUGAAUCAAUGAUUAUGGAUAUAUCUGGUUAAAUAAAAUGUAUUAUGAACAUUCA